CGCGCUCCCGUGCCAGUCGCGUGGUCUCCGUGCUUCUCCAUAUUGCUGCAGCUGGAGGGGUGCCGCGGGAGGGGGAGCUGGUGCAGGGGGCCCCCCCACUUGCUCCGGGCUGCGUGCGGCUGAGCAGGGCCCCGCCCGGCGGGGGGAGCGCCUGGAGCCGGAGCGGGGGGGACGCGGCGGCCGGCCGGGGGCGCCGAUGGCGACCCAGGUGGAGGCUCUCCUGCCCGGAACCCCCCUACUGCCCGCCGAGGAGCACGGGCUGCUCAUCAAGAAGCCCCAGGAAGGGGCCCGGGAGAAGGGCGAGCCCCUCAUGCCCCACGGGGAGAAGGCCACCGCCGAGGAGGGCCGCGGGGGCGCCCCGGACAGCUGCCCCAAGGGGGGCGGCGGCGGCGUGGCGGGGGAGCCGCCCCGGCGGAGCGCGGCGCCCAAGCCCCCCAGCAUCAAGCAGCAGAAGGAGGAGAGCAACAACCAGGAGAAGGAGAACCUGCUGCAGCAGCGCGCCGGGGGCGAGAACCGGCUGCUGGGCGAGGCGGGGGGCAGCAGCGGCGGCGAGGAAGGCGGCGAGCAGGGAGGAGGCGGGCGCAAGGAAUUCAUCGAGGCCCCCCCGCCCAAGGUGAACCCUUGGACUAAAAACGCCCCGGUGGCCGUGGUCACCGUCAACGGACAGUCCCCCCCAGAACAUACAACUCCAGCCAAAGUGGUGAGGGCUGCAAACCCCAGGCAGCGGAAAGGAAGCAAGGUCGGUGACUUUGGUGAUGCCACGAACUGGCCGACCCCUGGAGAAAUAGCCCACAAGAGCAUCCAGCAGCCGCCCAAACCCCAGCCCCUCCGGAAGCUGCCCAUCAAGAAAGACAUGAAAGAACAGGAGAAAGGGGACGGGAGCGAUGGCAAAGAGAACCUGAAAACCAAAUCGGACGAGUCCGGGGAGGAGAAGAACGGGGACGACGACAACCAGAAGUUGGCCCAGAAGAAGAAAGGCAACAAGCACAAGUGGGUCCCUCUGCAAAUAGACAUGAAGGCGGAGGCGCCCAGGGACAAAACGGCCUCUCGGAAUAACCGGCAGAACGAGCAGCACCGGCACCUCUCCAACAACCGCAGUGAUUUGAAAGGCUGGCACCCGGAUAACAAGCAUGAGCGGAACUGGCCUGAUCACGACGAAACCUCCAGCGUCAAGAGCGAGGGAGGAGCGGUGCGAGGAGCCUUCCGGGGCAGGGGCCGCGGCCGAGGCCGGGGCCGGAGUCGAGGAAGAGGAGGCACUCGCUCGCACUUUGACUACCAGUACGGCUACCGGAAAUUCGACAGCUCGGACGGCUCGCGCACCCAGAAGUACGCCAGUAACAUCACCUACUACUUUGAUAACGUCAGCAGCACAGAGCUGUACAGCGUGGAUCAGGAGCUGCUCAAGGACUACAUCAAGCGGCAGAUAGAGUACUACUUCAGCGUGGACAACCUGGAGCGGGACUUCUUCCUGCGGCGCAAGAUGGACACGGAAGGCUUCCUCCCCAUCACCUUGAUCGCCAGCUUCCACCGGGUGCAGGCCCUGACCACGGACGUCGGCCUCAUCGUCAAGGCUCUGAAGGACAGCAAGGUGGUGGAGAUUGUGGACCAGAAGAUCAGGAGAAAGGAGCAGCCAGAAAAAUGGCCUCUCCCUGGCCCCCCCAUGGCGGACUACACGCAGACGGACUUCUCUCAGCUCAUCAACUGCCCCGAGUUCGUUCCCCGGCAGAGCUUCCAGAAGGAAACAGAAUCUGCGCCCGGCUCUCCCCGCUCUGCCAGCCCUGUGGCGACUAAGACGGAGGAGGUCAGCAACCUGAAGACGAUGCCCAAAGGCCUGUCUGCCAGCUUACCGGACUUGGAUUCAGAGACGUGGAUUGAAGUGAAGAAGAGGCCUCGGCCUUCCCCAGCCAGACCCAAGAAAGUGGAGGAGUCGAAGGCGCCGCAGAAACAGAAGGACCAAGACGAGCCUGAGGAGCUGGACUUCCUGUUUGACGAGGAAAUGGAGCAGAUAGACGGCCGUAAGAACACCUUCACCGACUGGUCGGACGAGGACUCGGACUACGAGAUCGACGACAGGGACGUGAACAAGAUCCUGAUUGUGACGCAGACGCCUCCUUACCUGCGCCGGCACCCCGGGGGGGAUCGCACAGGCAAUCACACCUCCAGGGCGAAAAUGAGCUCUGAGCUAGCCAAGGUCAUCAAUGACGGGCUGUAUUACUAUGAGCAGGACCUGUGGACGGAGCAGUUUGAGCCGGAAUACUCGCAGAUCAAGCAAGAAGUUGAGAACUUCAAGAAGGUGAAUAUGAUUAGCCGGGAGCAGUUCGAUACUCUGACCCCGGAGCCCCCUGUCGAUCCAAACCAGGAAGUCCCCCCUGGACCUCCCCGAUUCCAGCAAGUUCCUACCGACGCUUUGGCCAAUAAGCUAUUCGGAGUCCCGGAGCCUUCAACCAUCGCCCGAUCUCUGCCAACCACUGUGCCAGAAUCGCCCAACUAUCGCAACGCCAGGACCCCCCGGACCCCUCGCACACCUCAGCUGAAAGACCCAACGCAGACGCCCCGGUUCUACCCAGUGGUGAAGGAGGGCAGGACGAUAGAUGCCAAGACCCCCCGGAAGAGGAAGACGCGGCACAGUUCGAACCCCCCCAUGGAAUGCCAUGUGGGCUGGGUGAUGGAUUCCCGGGAGCACAGGCCUCGCACUGCCUCCAUCAGCUCCAGCCCCUCGGAAGGAACCCCUGCCGUCGGGAGCUACGGCUGCACCCCUCAGUCGUUGCCCAAGUUCCAGCAUCCUUCCCACGAGCUGCUCAAGGAGAACGGCUUCACGCAACAUGUGUAUCACAAGUACCGUCGGCGCUGCCUUAAUGAGCGGAAACGACUGGGCAUCGGUCAGUCCCAGGAGAUGAACACGCUCUUCCGGUUCUGGUCGUUUUUCCUCCGAGAUCACUUUAACAAGAAAAUGUACGAGGAAUUCAAGCAGCUGGCACUGGAAGAUGGGAAGGAGGGAUACAGGUACGGCCUGGAGUGCCUUUUCAGAUACUACAGCUACGGGCUGGAGAAGAAAUUCCGACCGGACAUAUUUAAGGAUUUCCAAGAAGAAACCAUCAAGGAUUAUGAAGCUGGGCAGCUCUAUGGGCUGGAAAAGUUUUGGGCCUACUUAAAAUAUUCCAAAGCCAAAAAUCUGGACAUCGAUCGCAAGCUGCAAGAAUACCUCAGCAAGUUCAGGCGCCUCGAGGACUUCCGAGUGGACCCACCCAUGGGAGAGGAAGGUGGUCACAAGCGAUUCCCGUCCAUGUCAGGAGGAGAUGGAAGGAAGCGCUACCCCUCCCAGUCUUCCAGCAAACCGGUCAGCCAGUCCCCAUCCAGCCAAGCCCAUGCCUCGUCCAGCCAGCCUGCGAGAGAGGAUGCCAAAAACCUGAGCCACCAUGCCCUUGCCACAGCGGCUGUGGCAUCUCAAACACUGGGGAAGUAGAGAAGCUGGAGCUUCUGCUUCCUAUGGGGGAAGGGGUGGGUUGGUGGGGAGUUGGACUGGGGGAGGGGAGAAGUGCGGUGGGGAGGGACAGAGGGGGAGUCGGAACGUGGGUGUCCAAGAAUAGGCUGCUGGGGGAAACUUCAACGCACACGACCUCUCUUGUGGCGGG